AUGGUAUCCCUCUCCACCCUCAAAACCCUCCUCUUCACUGUGGGGCCCCUCCUCAUUCCUAGGCUCAUAACCUGGUAUCGCACCCAAAAAGUCAAGGCAGUCACUGCCCCUGCCCCUGUGCAACCGGUACCUGGGCCAGUCUCCAAGUCCCUCACCAUCCUCUUCCUCUCCGCCGUCCUCGCCCUCGUUUCCACCCUUCCCUAUUUCGCUCCCGAGAAUAUCUUCACCACAACAUCCUCGCGCUUGCAAACCUCCAACGAUGUCCUCUUCACCCGCCUCAACCUCGCCCGCGGAGUCUCUGGGCUCACCGAGGCUGACAGCGUCCUACGGCCAAAGAUCGCUUCCUUGGACGCACGGCUUCUCUACUUCACAUACGGUCCCGAUGUCUUGACGAACUGUCCUUUCUGCAACUCCGACCAGCCAUCCACAUACUUCUACUAUGCUCUCCCCUCGAUCGCCCUUCCUCACCUCCUCCACACCUUCGCCCUCGGUCUCGCGACUUCCUCGGCCAUGUCUGGCGCUUACGGGAAGAGAUGGCGUAACGUCGUGACGAUUAUAGGCAUGGGACUCGCGGUGGUGGAGUGUUAUCUCUUCGGUAGCUAUGAGUGGAAAGCCAAUGCGCGUGCUGUUCGACCGGAGCAGUACAUCCAUUUCUUCUGGCGGAUGCGUGUGGUCCGUGGCAUCAUCAUAGCUCUAGCAGACGUCCUCGUCGCCGGGCUCCUCUGGCUGUCUUCCACGAACCGCAUGUUCGUAGUACCCCCGAGUGCGGCGGAGAGAAUGGAGACGGCGAUGCGGGUGCUGGAAAGUGCGAGGGCGAAGCUGCAGGCUGUGGGGAUCAUGAGGAACGUCGUCGUGAGGGAUGAGGGGUUGAGAAGGAAGACGGAGGCAUAUUGGAGGAAAGAAGGGCAGGUGAUGGGAGAGGUGAUGGAUGAGAGGGAGGUUGUGGAAGGGAUGAGGAAUGCGCUGAGUGGCAGGAUUCAAGUGGCCAAGGUAGAAGAGGACGCGAGGAAAUAUGCGGAGGGCAUCACGAGUUUUCAGGAGUUGCAGUUGCAGCAGCAGGUUGGAUAG